AUGCCCACCACACUCAAAGAAUUCGAGAGCGUAUGGCCGCGCAUUGUGGCCGAUCUGCAGGAGCACUGCAAAUCAUACAAGCUGCCCCAGCAGUCUCUUGAUUGGUUCACCAAGUCGCUGGACUACAACACUGUUGGCGGAAAAUGCAACCGUGGCAUGUCUGUUAUCGACACCACCUCAAUUCUGCAGAACAAGUCUCUUGACCCAUCCUCAGAAGAGUACUUCCGUGCUGCCCUGCUCGGAUGGAUGAUCGAACUCCUCCAGGCUUUCUUCCUGGUUUCGGACGAUAUCAUGGACUCUUCAAAAACCCGUCGUGGCAAUCCCUGCUGGUACCUUGCACCCAAGGUCGGCAUGAUUGCCAUCAACGACGCCUUCAUGCUGGAGUCGGCCAUUUACGUGCUUCUUAAGAAGCACUUCCGUCAGGAGAAGAGCUACGUCGAUAUGAUGGAGUUGUUCCACGAGGUCACAUUCCAGACUGAAUGCGGUCAAUUGUGUGAUCUGUUGACUGCACCCGAAGACGAUGUCAACCUUGACAACUUCAGUCUCGACAAGUUCACCUUCAUUGUCAUCUACAAGACUGCCUAUUACUCUUUCUACCUCCCAGUCGCACUGGCACUCUACUAUGCCGGCGCAGCUACACCAAAGAACCUCCAGACCGCAGAAGACAUUCUCAUCCCCAUGGGCGAAUACUUCCAAGCACAAGACGACUACCUCGAUGCAUUUGCUGACCCCACUGUUCUCGGCAAGAUUGGCACCGACAUCAUGGACAACAAGUGCUCAUGGCUGAUCAACCAGGCCCUGAAGAAGGUCACUCCCGAGCAACGAAAGGUGCUAGAGGAGAACUACGGUCAGAAGGACUCGCAGAAGGAGGCCAAGGUCAAGGAGCUGUACCAUGAGCUUAAGCUGAAGGAGUUCUACGAGCAGUGGGAAGAGGAGCGCGUUACCGAGCUGAGGGCGAAGAUCGACAAGGUUGAUGAGAGCGAAGGCUUGAAGAAGGUCGUCUUCGAGGUUUUCCUCCAGAAGAUCUACAAGAGGAGCAAGUGA